UUGAUUCGAAACUAUCAUUCAUAAUUCUUGAAUCCUGUUAAUAUCGAGGAAAAGAAUAUGAAGUAUUUAGUGCACAUUGGGUUAUUAUUUUUGUUUUGUAAGACUAUUUAUGCUCAAGAGGAGAAAGUUAAUGUAACAGUAUAUUAUGAGAGUCUAUGUCCAUUCGCAAAAAAAUUUAUAGUUACACAACUUUAUCCUGCACUACAAGGUAAUUUAUCUGAAUAUGUAAAUUUAGAAUUAAUUCCAUAUGGAAAAUCUGUGACAAAGAAAAUUGGAGGAAACUUGACAUUUACAUGCCAUCAUGGAAACGUAGAAUGUUACGGUAAUUUGAUUCAAGUAUGCUCUAGAAUUUUGAUAGAUGUUGGUAAAAAUUCUUCGAAUCUUGGUUUCAACCAGAAAUAUUUGUGGCUCGUAAAAUGUUUUAUGGAAAAUAUAUCAACUUCAUCCACAAAAAAAGAUCUUCAAGAUUCUUUUUUGCAUUGUUCAAAUGAUUCUGUAAUGAUUGGAACACAACAGAACAUAUUGGUGAAUUGUACUGAUAGAUCCUUUGGUAUGUCCCUUCUCGAGCAUUAUGGAAAUCUCACUGAUCAAUUUCAAAAGCCAUUGAACAAUGUACCAACAAUUGUUUAUAAUAAUGAGUUCGAUAAGGCAGACAGUGGCGAAUCUGAAAAAAAUUUCAUACGUGUUUUGUGCCGAAAAAUUACGUGGGCGACACCAAAUGAAUGUCGGAUUGUCAAUGCUGCGGAAACAAAUCUACUCACCACCAAGUAUUCUGUGAUUUUAUUAUUAAGUCUUAUUCUGUUUGUAAUUAAAAUAUAAUCAUAUAAUUUUUUAAAUUGUAUUUAUAUUAAUAAAAUUUCU